GGAGGAGGAGACCAUAGGGGCAUCUCAGCAGUGUGUCUUAUCAGUUCUAAUCUUGUCAUAUCCUGCCCAGCCUCCCUCAAAGCCCAGUCCCACAUGUCCCACGCUCAGUAUCCUUCCUGUGGCCAGCGAGGGACCCACAUAGAUGCGGGGUGUGCAGGGCUUGUGUGCGGCCCUGGUGUUGGUGGGGCUGAUGGGGGGUGAUGGAGGGGGCGCACAGUUACCUCCUCCACGGCCUGACCCUCGGACCUGGGCCACUGGUGAUGAUGUAGGGGGAACACAGUCACCUCCGCGACCUGACCCUCGGACCUGGGCCACUGGUGAUGAUGUAGAGGGAACACAGCCUUCUCUGCGACCUGACCCUCUGACCUGGGCCAAGGGUGAUCAGCGACUUGGCUUCUUGGACUGGCUCAUCGGAAGCUGCACCAGCUCAAGGGAUGAUGAUGGUGGUGGAUGCAGACAGCAGGGUGAGGAGGAGCCUGAGUAUGAAGGGUUUGACGGCUGGUACAACAACCUCGCUCGGCCUAGUCUGGGAGCCGUGGACACCCCCUUACUGCGCCUCCUGCCCCCGGCCUACAGCGAUGGGGUGUAUGAGCCAGCCAACCGCACAACCAACCCCUUGAUGCUGAGUGACCAGUUGAUGGCAGGUGACAAUGGGGAGCAGUCGACGGGCGGCAGGACAGCCUUUGACGUGUUCUUCGGACAGCAGGUGGUGGAGGAGAUCAUAGACGCCCAGGGUGCCAGCUGCCCUCCAGAGUACUACAACAUCCCUAUCGAGGAGGGCCAUGAGUACCGCAGCCAUGCCCCGCGUGUCAAAGAGAUGCCGUUCCUCCGAGGCCGCUACGACACCACGACAGGCUUCUCCCCCAACAACCCCAGGCAACAGCUUAACGAGAUCACUCCCUACCUCGACGGCAACAUCAUGUACGGCACCACCAAGACCUGGACCGACGCGCUGAGGACCUUCCCCAACGGCACCCUGGCACCGCGCGGACAGCUGGCGUGGCACGAGGAGCUUGGGCCCGGCUUCCCCUCGCAGAACACACACCGCCUGCCCAUGGCCAACCCCCCGCCCCCCACCAACCACUCCCAGUAUGUCGACCAGGGAUACACAGUACCCGUCGACAGGUUCUUCAAGGUCGGCAACCCUCGCGGCAAUGAGAAUCCGUUCCUCCUGCUCGACAUUUCUCUGCCUCUAGAGCAAAUGUAUCAGCUAUUGUCAUUUUUAUUUUCAUUUGUUGUUGCAGACGAAAGGGUUUUCAAUGAGGCGCGGAAGUGGGUCAUCGCUACGCAUCAGGUGGUGGUCCUCUACGACUGGCUCCCAAAGCACGUCCGCAGACAGCCGGCUCAAUACCAAGGUUACAAGGUGUCCACAGACCCUCAGAUCAGCCAUGCGUUCCAGUCCGCGGCCAUGAGGUUCGGGCACACGCUGGUCCCUUCCGGCGUCCACCUCAGGUCCCGGAGUAGUGAAGGCUGCGCCACCACCUCCUACGGCUUCACACCUGGCGCCGGGCAUCUCAUCAAGGGUGUCCGGACCUGUAAUUCAUUCUGGCGAUCUCCGGAGCUGUUCUUGGCUAACCCCGACAACUUUGAGCGGUUCUUAAUGGGCCUCAGCAGCCAGAGCUCGGAGAAGGAGGACAACGUGAUAGUCAGGGAUCUCCGAGGCCGUGUGUUUGGGCCUCUGGAGUUCUCUCGCCGGGACCUAAUGGCCAUCAAUAUCCAGCGCGGGAGGGACCAUGGCCUGCCCGACUACAACACGGCCAGGGUGCACUUCAACCUUGAGCCGCUCACCUCCCUCGACCCACAGGAGUUCAGGAAUAAGACAGGCUCGGAGGUGGAGGAUGAGGUGCUGGAGAGGCUGCAGGAGAUGUACCAGGAUGACCCAAGCAAGGUGGACAUAUGGGUGGGCGGACUGCUGGAGACCCACAACUCAGGCCACGGAGAUCUGUUUGCAAGGAUAAUCUUGGACCAGUUUGAGCGUAUCCGAGAAGGGGACAGAUUCUGGUUUGAGAACACCAAGAACAACCUGUUCACUAAGGAGGAGCGGGAGAGGAUCAAGCAGAUACGGAUCAUUGACGUGGUGCUGUCCGUCACCUCACUGCUGCCGGGGGAGGACAUUCAGGUGGACCCUUUCACAGCCGUGCGCGAUGGGAACACCGUGAGUGCGGAGUGCCGGAGACAACUUCACAGCGAGACCUCGUGUGUGCCGCCCCAGGGUAACGGCUCCCUCCACCGCUGCUUGCACCUGCCCCAGAUAGGCCACAGCGCCGAGCAAUGCACACCGCCCAGGACCUACGACCACUUCUCAGGCUCGGAGGUUUCGUACAUCCUCACCUUCAUCGUCGUAGUUGCGGCGUGCGUGGGCAUGGUGAUAUGGAUAGUCGUCAUGAGUACACUGAGUACGGAGAGCAACACGAAGGCCAUACUCAGCAAACUCGAACUCCCAGACCACGUCCACAAGGCUAAAGAGAAGAUAUCGCGGCUGAAGAGUCGGUACGUGAUGGUGGAGCUCGACACAGCCAUCAGCCACAUCCAAGUGAGGGACGUCCACAGCAACCUCCUGCGUACCGUUGACCUCACCAAUGUCCAGGAGGUGACCGUGCGACACAGGCUAGACUACAGCCACCUGGUCAUCCGCGUUGCCAACCACUAUGACCUGAAUCUCGUGUUCAAAGACUCCUGGCACGGCUCAACCUUCUACCAGGACUUGGAGCACUUCUGCGACACCCUGGGCCUCGCGUUCAACCAGAGACUCGAGACCCGGACCUCCAUAAUGACCGGCAUCACCACCGUUUACCAGCGGCAGAAGAAACUGACCCGCCUCUGUCGAUUCGUCAUGCAAAACGCUUACUGCGACAAGGACAACGUGGAGAGGACUGAGAAGAUUUUAGCCAAGAAGGAGAUGAACGCUGACUUCUCCAUCGAGCUCACCCUAGACGAGCUGGCCAGUGAGCUCGGGAUGCUGCCCAAUAAUGUUUUCGUCAAGCAGCUGUUUCGUCGCAUGGACUCGGACAAGAACGGCUUCAUCACCAUCAAGGAGCUGUGGGAUGUGAUGCUGGUGCUGGCCCAGGGCACGCCGGAGCAGAAGGCGAGGCUGGCCUUCGACAUCUACGACAUCAACCAGUCCAACAGUAUAUCCCUUAAGGACCUCCUCAGGCUGGUCAAGUCGAGCUGGGGCGGCGACAUCAAGGAGGGCCAGCUCCGGGCGUUGGCGGGUACCAUGAUGAAGUCCGUCGGGGUGAAGGAGGACCAGGAGAUCACAUUUGAGAACUUCAAGCGCAUCGUCCUCCAGAAAGGCACCAUCUUUGACAAAGUGUCGCUGGAGACUCGCACCAAGAAGAAACAGCUUUUUAGGACCUUCAGCCUCGAGGCCAUGACACCGAUACGCAGCCAGAAGGACACCGAUAUUGAGGAGGAGGAGGAGGAGGAGGGGUUGGAGGAGCCAUCGGUUGCGAAGCGCGUUAAGUGGUGGUACUACGGCCUGGUCAACGAGGUCCGCAGCAAGGUCCAGUACGCCUUCUGGCUGGUGCUCUACACGCUCGUCAUGUUCCUCAUCUUCGCAGAGAGGGCAUACUUCUUCUCGGUUGAGCGCGAGCACCGGGGACUGCGUCAGAUCGCUGGGUAUGGGGUGACAGUGACCCGGGGUGCUGCGUCUGCCAUGAUGUUCACCUACUCCACCCUGCUCGUCACCAUGUGCAGGAACCUCUUCUCCCUCCUCAGGUCCACAGCGCUGCACCGGCUGUUUCCCUUUGACCACAUGAUCAGCCUGCACCGCUACAUGGGCUUCUGGGCGCUGGUGUGGACGGUGAUGCAUGUCGUCGGCCACGCCAUCAACUUCUACCACAUCUCCACGCAGACGCCAGCCGACCUCGCCUGUCUGUUCAGGGACUACUUCAGGAGGACACAUGUGCUGCCCAAGUUCCACUACUGGUGCUGGGAGACAAUCACAGGCAUCACCGGGGUCCUGCUCACCCUCCAGACGGCCCUCAUUUACGCCUUUGCCUACCUGGGACGGAAAAACUUCUUCCGGCUGUUCUGGUUCACGCACAACACCUACCCAGUCUUUUACCUCCUCUUCAUCCUCCACGGCUCGGCCAGACUGGUGCAGCCACCGUUCUUUCACUACUUCUUCCUGGGGCCCUGCAUCCUCUUCCUCCUGGACAAGCUCAUCUCCAUCUCCAGGAACAAGAUCAAGAUUGACAUCAUCAAGGCCACCAAGCUGCCCUCUGAUGUGAUCCGCCUUGAGAUCCGGCGCCCUCCACUCUUCAGCUUCCAGUCUGGCCAGUGGGUCAACAUCGCCUCCACCGCCAUCAGUGAGCAGGAGUACCACCCGUUCACCCUCUCCUCCGCUCCUCAAGAGAAGAACCUCACCCUGCAUAUCCGCGCUGUGGGGCCGUGGACGAGGAAGCUGGUGGAAUUAUACUCGGAGAAGCCCAGCGACGAGAAGUACCCUGGGAUCUACAUGGACGGUCCGUUUGGAGAGGGACAUCAGACCUGGUGGGAUUAUGAAGUGGUGGUACUGGUGGCCGGUGGAAUUGGAGUUACACCCUUUGCCUCCAUCCUCAAGGACAUGGCCCACAGACUCAAGACCUCCAAGAACCUGACUCGGACCAAGAAGGUGCUGUUUCUGUGGACGACGCGCAGCCAGUGGCAGUACGAGUGGGUCCUGGACAUCCUGAAGGAGGUGGAGGCCAUGGACAAGGAUAAGGUCAUCGGGGCGCACAUCUUCAUCUCACAGUUGAAGAGCAAGUUUGACCUGCGGACCAUCAUGCUGUACAUGACGGACCGAUACUACCAGUCCAGCACCGGCAUCUCGCUCAUCACAGACCUGCGCGCCAUCACACACUUCGGCAGACCCAACUUUCUGUCCAUCUUCACCACGCUCAAGAGGAAGUACAAGACUAACAUCAUUGGAGUGUUUACCUGCGGAAGCUCAGCGCUCAGCCACUCUGUAGAGAAGAGUUGCCAGGAGAUGAACCGCACCACUCAGAUCAUCUUCCGCCACUACUACAAGAACUUCUGAAUCGCCCCCCGAGAGAAGUCCGCCGGAGGGAGGCUGCUGGGGGUGGUGGGGCUCCUCGUCCAGGCAUAGAAGAGAUGAGGUACUAAUAGAAGCUUGGUUAGGCGUAGAGGUUGAGUUUGAGUCUUGGUCGUAGUCAGUGUUCGUAAAAAUAGUCCAAUUCUGACUCCUUUUGAUGUGUGUGGUGUAGUGUGGCUGGGUGGUGUGUGGUGUAGUGUGGCAUAGUGUGGCAUGUGGCGUAGUGUGGCUGGGUCUGAUUUGCCUGUCACUGUACUGCAUAAGAGGGGGAAGAGAAGAAGGGAAUGGAGUCAAAAUUGUAGUCGGAAGCGGAACCUUAAAAUUUCCUGGAGUUGAAGUCGGAAUUGGAGUGUGAUAUAGUGUGUUGUAGUGUGUGGUAUGUAGUGAUGUAGAGUAGUCUGUAGUGUGUCAGUAGCAGAACCACUAACAUGCUUAAGAAUGUGAAUUGUCUGCGAUUUUGUUGUGAUUUCUGCAUGAGUCCGUGGUCGGUAUGAUCAGACAUUUUCGCUUCUUACACCAGUUGUUUCUAAGGGUCAAAGAGGGGGUCAGUCGGGUUCUAGUGAGUGUUUCUUCAGGUUCAUGGUACAGAAGAAGGGUCAAACUACCACCAGGGUCAUAAAACUACCCCUGGAAAUCCCCACAACUCUUAUGAAAUUUCAAAUAUGUGUUGCCUUGUCAAAUUUCAAAUAUGUGUGCCUUGUCAAAUAUGUGUUUUUGGGCAGCGAAAUGUCUUAUUAUACGACCCUUUGUGUUUUUCUCUGUUUGAAGUGCGUAUUGUAGCUUGGUGAAGUAUGUGAAUGGCCUCGUUUUUUUGUGAUUCGUGUACGAGUGUUAUUCUUCUCCGUUCGAAGUUCGUGUUGUAUUGUGUUGGUGUGAAUUUCUGGUUUGUUUUCUGUGAUCAAUGUGUGAGUCUUAGUUACCCCGCUGUUUUAUAAGUAUUCCAUAGCUUGUUGAAGUGAGUGAAUUAUCUUAUGCGAGGGAAGACAUAGGAGAGAUAGAUAUACAGAAAUAGGAAAGAAAGAAAGAAGGAAGGAAGGAGAGAGGCAAAGGAUGGAAGAAAGACUGGAUGAAGGAAAGAAAGAAAGAGAGAGAGGAGAAAAGAGGGAAUAAGAUAAAUGCUAGAUACAGAAAUAGGAAA